AUGGCGGGGCCUCUGGGAGGGCUGCCGGUGCGGGAGGCGUACAGGAAGGCGCGAGUGAACCCAGACGAGGUUGACAUGGAGGGGCUGGGACUAGACAUCACCACAUGCUCCAAGGAGAUCCUCAUCAGGCCCAAGAAAAACGUGUGGGGUCGCCCCGUGCCUGUUGGGCCGAGGGACUUGCUCAAGGCCAUGGGGUACUCGGAGAGCGGCUACCUCCUCCCUCUGAAGCACUGGAAGCCCGGCCUGAAGGAGGGGAACCACCCCUGCUGGCUCGAGGAAGGAGACGAGAAGGUUCCCAAGUGUGCACACAGGAUCCCGUACGUGACGGCGACGGGGAACUCAGUUACUCCCUUCGUGGGCUUCGAGAAGGUGGACGACCUUGGGGCCUGCGUGCGAUUCACAUCGCCGUAUGUGUAUAUAGGAAGAGAGAGGCAGUGGUUCCGACUAACAGGAGACCACCCUCCGGAGGAGACGAGGCAGCUGACAGUGAGGCAUCUGUCGUAUCUGCUGGGGCUGGUGUACGAGGAAGGGACCUUGGAUUGCGAGUACGGGUGGGUGCGCAAGUACCCCAAGACCGCCCAUGAGCAGCUGGCGCAGCUGUACUACAACGGCCUGCAGGAGCACUCGCCCUCCUACUCCAUCUACUACCUGGCCGGGAGGAGCUACAACGACAUCCUGAGCUUCGAUGCGAGGAAAGCAGAGUUCAGCCCCGAAGAGCUCGCCAAGAAGAAGCGAGAGGAGCAGCGGGCCAAGGAAGUUGCCAUCCAGCAAGAGCGAACGAGAGCACUGGAGCGCCAGACGCUGCUCAAGGAGCUGGCAUCGAUGGCGAAGCAGGAGGACGAAGACUUCCGGAAGAGCUUGAGGAACAAGCAGCUGGACGGUCGGGAGGAGGCGCGCAUGUGA